CCGCGCCUUGCGAUGAGCUUCCCGCCUGCACGCCUUCUCGAGCUCGCCGAGCUCGUCGUCACCCGCCUGCGCGCACGCAAGGAGACGGUCGCGCUCGUCGAGACUGCGACUGGCGGCCUCGUCUCGUCGUCCCUGCUCUCGGUGCCGGGCACGUCGAGCGUGUUUGCCGGGGCCGUCGCCGCGUACCAGCUCCGCGCGAGGGAGAAGUGGCUCGGGUGGACGAGCGACGACACGGCCGGCUACGACGGGCCGACCGAGGCCAUCUGCCUCAAGCUCGCGACCGCCUGUCGCGCCCAGCUCGACUCGACCUACUGCCUCGCCGAGUCGGGCUGCGCCGGCCCAGGUCGACCCGACAAGUACCGCGCCGAGAUCGACGGGCCCGGGUGGUGCGCGCUCGGGCUCGUGAGCGCGAGCGGGACCAAGGGUAGGACGAUCCGGGUGCCGCAGGACGGGCUCGGCGACGACGGUGCGGCGGCGAGGGCAGGGAACAUGGUCAAGUUUGGCGAGGCCAUGCUCGAGAUGCUCCUCGAGGAGCUCGAGCAGCGCGACCUCGACGGGCGGUGAGCCGGUCGGGCGGGCAGCGGCGUCGUGUGAACUGGGGCGAGUCCGGCUCGAGGAGUGUACGGUUUCGCGCAACGAGGACCUUUUCCAUUCGUCGUUUCGACCUUCUCGAGCGAGAACGAGAGCGGCCUCGCGAG